AUGGCUUCUUCAUUCUUGAAAACUGGAGGCAUAGUGGGAGGAGGAGAUGUCGGCCAGUACCAGCUCUACGACGACCUCCAGGCGCGACUGGAGGCAGACACCGUCGGGAUGGCCUUUUCGGCGGCGACGGGUCCGAUGCUAAGGCACAAGGUGGUCGCCGUCUCCGGGGUUGCCACUUUGGGGCUCGACACCUACGAUGCGCACAUGUUCCGCCCCAAGAACCCCACGUACAAAGAGGUUUGGCACACGGCGUCCCUGUACCAUCUCGUCCACACCGCGGCGCUGCUAGGGGCGCCCAUCACCAAGCGCCCCAACGUUUUCGGAGGGCUCCUCGCCGCUGGGAUCGUGCUCUUCUCUGGAACGUGCUACACCGUGGCUUAUCUUGAAGACAGGAAGUUUUCUUCACCGGCACCAUUGGGGGGCUUUGCCUUUAUUGCUGCUUGGGCCAGCCUCCUCUUCUGAUUAAAUUGUGCUUUUCCAAGAAAA